AUGGUUGUCAUUGCCAGAAAUGUGGAGGGUAUCUCCAAUCUCUCCACCACCGACGAUCCUCUAUUACCCUGGCUCCGAUCCAUUGAAAAAGCACUGCAAAAUUCAAUUCAAUCAAACAAUUCCACUGAUCUCGACGAGCUCGUAUCGAAAUGUAUUUAUACCUUCAAGGCCGACCCACGCUACCGAGAUGACGUCAGAUUUCUCAAGAUUUGGUUUCUCCAUAUGGAUGGAAGUUCGGAUUACGAAAGAGUUUUUAAGGAAAUGGAGCAGAACAAGAUUUGUUUACGUAAUGCUUUGCUUUAUGAAUCGUUUGCACUGUUUUUGGAAGUUAAGGGGAAGUUAAUUGAUGCGUGUAUGAUUUACCAUUUGGGAAUUUCGAGGAAUGCUCAGCCUUUGGGUAGAUUGAAGAAAGCGCAGGUUUUGUUUCUUGAGAGAAUGUCAGAGAGAGUGACAAAUGGUUCAUUUCAGAAGAUGGAAAACGAUGUUUAUUCAGAAAAUGGUGAAAAUUUUGUUAAUCCAUGGUCUGUUACAAUCCUCAAAAACUUGUUGCAGAAGAUGAAUUCACACGUAGUAAAAUAUGAGGGAUACCAUCAAAGUAAUAAAGCAUAUCCGGGGAAAGUUUCAUUAUUGUCGUUGCAGAAAUCAGCUAGGCAGAAGACCAUUGACAUAGGUGGAUAUAAGUACCAGAUCAAAGGGUGUGCAGGACAAGGUGGAUUUGCUCAAGUGUUUAAAGCAUAUGUUGACAACAAUCCAGAUGAUGUUGUUGCCCUUAAGAUUCAAAAGCCUCCUUUUCCUUGGGAAUUCUACAUGUAUCGCCAACUUGACAUGCGGAUUUCAGAAAAAAAAAGGAUGAAUUUUGGCUUUGCUCACAGAUUGCACCUCUAUUCUGACUACAGCAUUCUGGUCUCUGAUUAUUUAGCUCACGGGACACUUCAGGAUGCUAUAAAUUCCAAUGCUGUCAUAGGUGGGUCUAUGGAAGAAGUUUUGUGUAUUUAUUAUACCAUAGAGCUGCUCCACAUUCUUGAAAUUCUGCACGAUACUGCAAUUAUCCAUGGUGACUUCAAACCUGAUAAUUUGCUUAUCCGGUAUUCCAGGGAUGAUCUAACAGAAAGUAAAGAUGAUUUUCUCACGUGCAGUGGUCCUUGGUGUAAUCAGGGGCUUUGUCUUGUCGACUGGGGAAGAGGAAUUGAUCUUAGUCUUUUUCCUGAAAAGACCAAAUUCAUUGGUGACAGUAGAACUUCAGGCUUUCGUUGUAUUGAAAUGCAAGAAAAUAAGCCGUGGACAUUUCAGGUGGACAUGUACGGGCUGUGUGUUAUUAUUCACAUGAUGCUUCACAAUUCAUACAUGGAUAUUGAAAAGAAAGCCUCUCCUGAUGGCUACGUUUAUCAACCCAAAUCACAUUAUAAACGAUACUGGAAUAUCGAGCUCUGGAGAAGCUUAUUUACCAAGUUGCUAAACAUUAACCCAAGUGAAGAUCACAAAAAAUUGCUCCAAUCAUUGAGGAAGUCAUUCCAAGAUUACAUGUGUUCAGACCCUAAACUAAUAAAAAGGUUGAAGCAGUUAUUGGUGAAGCAAAGAACUUCCUUGUGUUCUUCUUAG